GUGGAUUAGAAGGCCUCUGCUGCCUGCUUGUGGUUGGUUAUUAUACUCAUCUGACAUUAAUUUUUUUUUAUCUUUAAUUUUUUUAUUUGCGCGGUUUUAAUAUACAACCUUUAUCCACCUGGACAUUAUUUAGCAACACGUUUGUGAAUCUGUGCAAACUUUGCGGCAGUGGCUGACAGACUGUGGUUGAAGCCUCCUCUGCGCUGGUUAAAUCCGCUCAGGUGCAUGAGCCGCAGGGCGCAUGCUCCGCCCCGGCCAGGACGGCUAGAAAAAAACAGGAAGACACACCGCUGAAGACUGUCGCUUCCCUCUUGUCACCCAGGGGUUAAAAAGUUAACGAAACUUCAAGGAGUCAUGGAUACGCUUUUGGGGCACAUCGCUGUUUGGAUAUACUCAUAACACACACUCCUCAUCCGUGUAGUUUCCGUGAACAGAACUUUUGUAGAGUGAACUUCGGAGAGAGGCUCUUUCCGCUUUUGCCAAAAAUCACUUUAGCUCGAAGGCUAACCUUGCUAAAGCUAACGUUAGCUCGUUUUGCGCCGCGUUUGUCGGCUUUUGUGUACAUUCUAUAAACUUUUAAGUGGUGCUAAAAGUGGAAUGUGUUGAGUUAUUUCUACUUUAACUCCACAGGCGCAACAGGUCGUUUUGGUCGCCGUCGCUCAGUGAGCUGGGGGGGUUGUGCUUUGAAUUUCCCUCCUUCGAUAGGUGGCUUCGUACGGGGGUCGCUUGGCAUUUCACCAAAAAUCUUAGCAGCGUUGAGCUAAUUGUGGUUUGCCCGUGUUGGAGCGACCAGGGCCUGGGACGUUUCGAGCGAUUGAAGGGUCGGUGGCGUCGUGUUGGAAGACGGGGGGGAUUAACCGCCACACGUGUUUAAUUGGACUCGAAUUCAAGGAAACAGAUUAACUUAUUAAUAUGGAUCAACACUCGGGUGGUUCUGCCUCUGCCUCUAGCCACAAGGAGAAGAAGAAGUCAAAGAAGAACAGCGAGGAUGGAGAGAAGAAGAAAUUUACGUUGAAACGGCUGAUUCCUGAUGAGCUGGAGCGUUUGACCAGCAUGAGAACGAAAAAGGACAAAGAGAAACCUGGUGCGGCUUCCAGCCAGCGAUAUUCUUCAGCUGCCAACUAUGAAAUCAGCCAAUCGGGUAACGCGCUGAACCUCUCUGAUGAAGAUGUGCUGGAGCAAUUUGAAAGGAUGCUGGUGGAUAUGAACCUGAACGAGGAAAAACAGCAGCCUCUGAGAGAAAAAGAUCUUAAUACCAAAAGAGAAAUGCUCUCCCAGUACCUGCACACAUCUAAAGCUGGCCAGAGCCAGAAGGAGAGCUCAAAGUCGGCUCAGAUGUACAUCCAGGAGUUAAGGUCCGAAAACAAAGACAAUCAGCUGCUGAACUGCCUGGAAUCCCUGAGAGUCUCACUCAAUAAUAACCCAGUCAGUUGGGUGCAGAACUUUGGCAAAGAAGGCUUAGCUCUUCUUUUGCAAAUCCUGAAAAAACUGCAGGAGGAAAAGGAUGAAAACAUAAAUUUUGGAGGCAAAUGUCAGCAUGAGAUCAUUCGGUGUCUGAAAGCUUUUAUGAACAACAAGUUUGGUCUGAAAUCCAUGUUGGACUCAGAAGAGGGCAUUACUCUGUUGGUGAGAGCUGUCAACCCGAUGAAACCUCCCAUGAUGACGGAUGCUGUUAGACUGCUCUCUGCCAUCUCCAUCUUGGAAGAGCCUGAAGGCCUUCAUGAGCGUGUUUUGGAAGUCAUCACAGAAGAGGCUGAAAAACGAAACAUUGAGAGGUUUCAGCCUCUCAUUUCUGGCAUGCAGAAUAGCAGCAUCGCUUUAAGGGCCAGCUGCAUGCAGCUCAUCAACGCCUUAAUCAGCCGGGCCGAAGAACUAGAUUUCAGAAUCCAUAUUCGUUCAGAAUUGCUAAGACUUGGACUCAGAGAGCCUCUGAAGGCGGUCCGGAUGAUAGAAAAUGAAGAGCUAAAGGUGCAGCUCAGUGUGUUCGAUGAUCAGGCAGAGGAUGACUCGGAGGAUCUCAAAGUGCGCCUCGAUGACAUUCGUAUUGAAAUGGAUGAUGUGAGGGAAGUGUUUGACAUCGUCGUCAACACAGUGAAGGACUCCAAGGCUGAAGGUCACUUCCUUUCCCUGAUGCAACACCUUCUACUAGUCCGGAAUGAUUACUUGGCCAGGCCUCACUACUACAAGCUGAUAGAUGAGUGUGUCGGUCAGAUUGUCCUUCACAAAAAUGGAGCAGAUCCUGACUUCAAGUGUCGUCACCUCAAUAUUAAAGUUGAACACUUAAUAGACAACAUGGUGGACAAGACUAAGGUGGAAGCAAGCGAGGCCAAGGCCAUAGAGCUGGAGAAAAAGCUGGAUGGAGAGAUAACGGCACGCCACGAGCUGAAUGUGGAGAUGAAGAAACUGGAGUCGGAUUAUGAACAGAAGCUGAUUGACCUGAGCCAAGAGAAGGAACAACUGGCCUGUGCGAAGAAGGACAAAGAGAAAGAAAACCAGAGUCUGCAAAAACAACUCGGCACUUUGGAAAAACAGAAUGAAAAACUCUCUAAGGAUCUGGAAGAUGCCAAAACCAAGCUUGCUACAAUUCCCGUUCCUGUUCCUGUGCCAACACCUACUGUGCCCACUUCCCAGCCAGGCCAGCGCACGGGUGGGCCACCUCCACCUCCACCUUUACCUGGCCAGCCAGCCUUACCUGUUCCCCUAGCCCCACCUCCCCCUCCUGUUCCCGGUAUGGCUGGUAUUCCGCCACCACCUCCUCCGCCGCCCCUGCCUGGAAUGCCGGGACCUCCACCACCCCCACCACUACCUGGAAUGCCAGGGCCGCCACCUCCCCCACCCCUACCUGGAAUGCCUGGACCGCCGCCACCUCCACCCCUGCCUGGAAUGCCAGGACCGCCACCCCCUCCUCCCUUGCCUGGUAUGGGACCUCCUCCACCGCCACCACCACCUGGAGCUCCAGGCCUUCCACCUCCUCCACCAGGCCCAGGAAUGCCACCCCCUCCACCAUUUGGCAUGGGAGGAUGGGGUGCCCCGGCACCACCUCAACUACCCUUUGGGCUGCAGCCUAAAAAGGAGUACAAGCCAGAGGUUCAGCUGAAGAGGGCAAACUGGAGUAAGAUCUUACCAACAGAUCUCUCUGAGAACAGUUUCUGGACCAAGGCCAAGGAGGAUCAGUUUGAAAGCAAUGAACUCUUUGCCAAGCUCACUGUAACCUUCUCCUCACAGACUAAGACCUCUAAGGCCAAGAAAGAGCAGGAUGGUGGGGAUGACAAGAAGCAACAGCAGAAGAAAAAGGUGAAGGAGCUGAAGAUUCUUGAUGCCAAGACUUCACAGAACCUCUCUAUUUUCCUGGGAUCAUUCCGUCUCCCCUAUGAAGAGAUCAAGUGUGCCAUCUUGCAGGUUAAUGAGAAGGUCAUCACAGAGUCCCUGGUUCAGAACCUGAUCAAGCAGCUGCCAGGACCCGAACAGCUGAGCGUUCUGGGAGACAUGAAGGAUGAAUAUGAUGAUUUGGCAGAGUCUGAACAGUUUGGAGUUGUGAUGUCUGGCGUGAAGCGACUGAUGACACGGCUGCAGGGCAUCCUGUUCAAGCUGCAGUUUGAGGAGCAGCUGAACAACAUUAAGCCAGAUGUGGUGUCUGUGACAGAAGCCUGCGAGGAGCUCAGGAAAAGCGAAACUUUCUCCAAGCUGUUGCAGAUCAUACUCGUCGUUGGAAAUUAUAUGAACGCCGGCUCCCGAAACGGCAGCGCUUUUGGUUUCUCCAUCUCGUACCUUUGCAAGCUCCGCGACACCAAAUCAGCUGACCUGAAGCAGACACUGCUCCACUUCCUUGCUGAUGUGUGUCAGGAACAGUACCCCGAUGUGAUGAGCUUUCCCGAUGAGCUCAUUCAUGUGGAAAAGGCAAGCAGAGUUUCUGCCGAAACGAUUCAGAAGAACCUCGAGCAGAUGAGCCGUCAGAUAAAGAACAUAGAGAAGGAUCUGGAAACUUUUCCCCCACCGCAAAAUGAGAACGACAACUUUGUAGAAAAGAUGUCUAUUUUUGUGAAGCAAGCCAAUGAGCAGUAUGAAAAGCUGGACAUGCUGCAUAAGAACAUGGAGAAACAAUAUGAAGAUCUAGGAGAAUAUUUUGUUUUUGACCCAAAGAAGAUUUCUGUGGAGGAGUUUUUCAGUGACCUAAACAACUUUAAAAACAUGUUCCAGCAAGCGGUAAAAGAGAAUCAAAAGAGGAAGGAGGCUGAGGAAAAGAUCAAGAGAGCCAAACUGGCUCGAGAAAAAGCAGAAAAAGAGAAAGAGGAGAAACUCAAGAGGAGCAAAUUACCCAACAUCAACACAGAGGACGACGAAACUGGUAUCAUGGAUGGCCUGCUGGAGGCUCUGCAGUCUGGUGCUGCCUUCAGGAGAAAAAGAGGUCCACGACAAGCAGCCAACCACAGGCAGGCCGGCCACGCAGUGACCAAUAUCCUGGCCAAAGAGCUGACGGCAGACGACAAGUCUUCAUCCAGUAAAGACCGCACAAAACGAUUAAAGUCGAGCAAGGAUGAGCCAAAAUUAGAGGGAGCACAAUCUUUGGAGGAGUUACUGGAUACUGCUCUUUCUCGCGCAAAUUAGUCUAAAAUGGAGAGAUUCCCCCUUUGUUAUUCUGCAUGAAUAUAAUUUUAUUAAACAUUCCAGCAGCCAAUGUAAAAUUAAAUUAUUUUCAGGUUCCCCAAUUUUUUUAUGCUAGCAUUGUUUUGUUUUUUGGGAUGGCAGCGAGAGGCGGAGGCUGAGGACAGGACUGUUACCUCAGCCUUAACCUCUACACGGCCAAUAUAAAACAGACUGUACUGUUUUCUGCACCACAUGCACAUAAAUAUUCUCACUUUUUUUUCCCUACCUAACGUAAAUCACAUUCCACUCUUCAAAGGGCAACUUGCUCCUUGCAAAGACUUUUCGUUAUCAUUGACUGAUCCUGGACAUGCCUGAAAGCUGGCGUGUCGUGCGCACGGUUUAAAGUGCUCUCUGGAAAUUCCAGCUACUAUUUUUUAAUGGAUAGCACAAUGAUUUGUCAUUUUUGAGACGCUGUCGGUAAUCGUAUGAUGUGUUCACUGGAAAACAAAAAGUGCCAACCAAGAGGAGAGGUGAUGUGAUUUUUACAGGAGGUUGUGGUCCAGACCUCUUCACCAGCAGCACUCACCACCUUUAUUGUCUGUGUGUUUUUACAGCAAAGGGAUUUAGUUCACUGGUGUGCUUUAACAUAUUUUUAAAUCUUAAAAUGGGAUCAUUUACACAAUUCUUUUGAACACCUCUUUGCUUAUUUCUGAAAAACCAGCGUUCUCCCUGGAACAUAGAUUUGCUCUUAAACUGUACAGGGAUUUAAUGUUAGAUGUGAGGAAACAUUUUUUUGAAAGGGUGUAUCCACAUAAACAUGCUGUAAUGCGAGCGGUUUACAUGCCUGUGUUUUUUUUUUUUUCGUCCAUGAGAGUCUCAGUUUGACGUUAGGCUCCUAUAUUUAGUUUGUGUGCGCCCAAUCACUUCCAUAUAGGUUGAAGUGCGUGUGAUAUGCCAUCUGUAAUUACUGUAUGGUACUAACCAUGCUGUCAGAAAUGAUAGUGUUGUGGUUUUUCUGCUGAGAAUAUAGCGCACUGGAAAACAGCCCUGGAACUGCUGACACAACUAUGUGUUCACAUGUUGAUCUUUGAAUGUUUUUUUUUCUUCCCCCAGCUGAACUGCAGCAAUAAUCUCUGAAAGUCUUUGCCAUCAUGUUGCCAUCGUUUAGGUUUUGAUCUGAUACAAGCCGAUACUCAAAGCAAUAUCUACAAACCUUUGUGCUCCCAAACCUGAAAACACGAUCGGAGGGGAACUCCGUCUCUAUACAACAAACUUUAGUUGCAUAGAAAUAAUUUCUACAUGGCAUGAAAGAAAAUGAGUCAAGCACAGGGUUUUGUGGCACCAACAACUGCUGUUUUCCAUUCAAUCUGGGAAUAGGUCAAACUGCUGCACAAACCGUGGUGCUGUAAGUAAAGAAGCACGGUUGUUUAUCAUGUCUGCAAUAUUCCUAGGUAUUGUGUCAGACAUCAAGUGAUUGUUUGAACUGGAUGCAGAAAGUCUAGAAGUGAGAAAUGGGUUGUUGUUGAAAUGGAUAUCACUGGAAUAUUUGUUGAUUUGCAUUGUUCCAAUUGUUCAUUGAUUGUUUUUCAUUUUAAAGAGAUUGUUUUCUAUGUACAUUUUUAUGACAAUUUUAACGUAUUUGAAUUCUUUUCUUUUUUCAGAGAUUGCUUUAUGGAGUUGUGCACACAUUCUGUUUGUUACACUGAACAAUUAAAAUGUCUUGCAUCAUUA